AUGGCCACUUCAACCGUGAAACCGUGAAGGUCUCUUUUCAACCGAAACAGGAAGUUGAAUGUUAAAGGUGCGAGUGCGUGUAUGGCCAAUAGUCAAGUCUUGCGUGUUCACCAAGCAUCACGUCCUAGAGUAAGCAGGCAAUGUGUUCUCCCAAGGCGGCGGUUUUCUUCAUCCUCCUUGUUCAUUCGAUCAGGUCGGACAGUCAUGGUGACCUCGAAAAAUCAAAUAGAUUUAAAAGAAUCGUUCUCGGCAAUGGAUCAGCAAUUCUUCCUCCUCGGCCAUUACCCAUUGGAAACUUGUCUAGCAAUCAUGGAGAGGCAGAUUGCUACUUUGUUGGCACUCAUUUCUAUUGUAUUAGUCAAUUCCUGGCUAGUUUCGCGGAAUCAAACCAUUAUUGUCGUGAAGAAAAAAUGCAACUUCUUUAUUUGGAAAACGAAGAAGAGCAUGAAUACCUUUACAAUUUCAUGAGCAACAACUACCACAUUUCGGCGGGAAAAUUCCUUAAAAAGAAUGACUUCGCAAGUGAAGAAGUCUACUCUAAUUAUGUCUAUGAUAACAUCAGUCCAGGAAUGUUAGUGAAAUGCGUUUCAGUGUGUGGGCGCCAAAUACGGCCUUCCAUAGACGAAGGCAGAGUGUUAGAUUAUGAGGAUCGGGAAUACAUCGGUUUAGCCAUUAAAGUGCAAUGGAAGACGGGUAUCGUUCGCUGGUAUCCCGCCCAGAAUCUGCAAAUGGGUGGCUUUCGAAGUCUGAAUAGCUCAAAUGUACGUCGGCCGUCCGAAGGAGUGUUCACACUGGAAGAAGAUAUAUUUGAACCAGGCGAUAAAGUCCGCAUUCAUAUUUCUUCGGACAUUUCAGAUUUAGAUCAGCAAAGAAUUUCGCAGCAAGUUCAACCUGGUGAAGUUGGAAUAAUAUCAGAUUUGGACGCUGCUGGUGGAAGUGGCUUGGUUUACUUUCCAAGCAACAAGGGAUGGCGGGGCCCCUUGUCUUUGUUAGAAAUAGUUGAUAAGCGCAAAGCAUCGGGAACCUUCUGGACAUCAGGAAAGAAAAACAGUAAAGGAGACGGGUGGAUCUGGACAAAUAACAAUGAACUUGUGACAUUCACCAACUGGGCCCUUGAAGAACAAGAAGCUAUACUUAUAAAAGGAAACUGUCUCGAAAUUAAAUAUCACAAACAAGGCAAAUGGUUCUCUUCAAGAUGCUCUGAUCGCAAUUAUUUUAUUUGCAAAAAAUGACAUAACAAUUGCUAAAAUUUUCAAUAAACAACAUGCAAGAAGAA